UCUCCAUGACUCCUCCGCGAAUCCCUCCAUCUUCAGGCAGGUCCCAAACCCUACUUUAAUCGCCUGAAGUCUCAACAUUUUACCAACUGAUUCACCUUCUUUAAGCCAGAGUUGUGUCUCGGCUAUGGCGUCAAUCAACUUCAACCCCUUCGAGAAUUGGUUCUCCAGGCCUCCUAAUCCCAUUUCUCCCCUCAAUCUCAUUGCAUUUAGAGACUCGUUGUCUCAAAAAUCCUCGACGUCCCCGAACUUUGCUUCAAUUAGCCUCUCUAAUGUCUUCAAGAAGCAGAAAAAACCAGAGGAAGCACCCGAAAAACCAGGGUAUUACCGCGAAAUGCUAGAUCAAUUCUACUGGGAAUGCGAAAAUUUACCCGAUUACAGACACACCCCUGAGGUUGAGAAAAUCUUGAGCGAAGAUCCUGUUUUUGAGAAGAAAGAGAAUCCUACUGAAGAGGAGCUGGAAAAAAACGAGAAGCUCUGGAAAGCGAUACGAGAUAGCCCUGUCGUGCAAUUUCUGGAACGUGCGGAGAAAAUUGCAGCCAAAUACAAUGAACUUGAGCUCAAAGAGAAUGAGAAUCCAUACAGACGUGAGGACAGGAAGCUAUGGAGGGCAAUUCCUCAUGUAACUGGGCUUGAUGGGCGGCCUAUGCCGAGGAAAGCAAUAAAAACGAGAAAAGAAUCCGAUGAUAAGUUUUGGGAUUUUGCGAGACAGUUCUUUUUGGGGCUUUGGGGCUACCGGCAAAGACCUUAUCCACCUGGUCGCCCGAUCGAUGUUGCUCAGGCCAUUGGAUACAAGCGCCUCGAGGAGCGGUACUAUGAUUUUAUAAUGAAGAGUGGAGGUUGGUACUAUAAGGAUCGGUUAGGUCGUACUCGAGGGCCAUUGGAACUAAUCACUCUCAAAACAGCUUGGGGAGGUGGGAUUAUUGACAAGGACACAUUUAUCUGGGGGGAGGACAUGGACGAAUGGGCGCCAAUUCACAUGGUUUACGGAAUGGAGCGUGCAAUUGCCACUUGGGAAGUUAGACUCGGCGCUGCUGCCACUGCUUUUAUUCAUAAAUUGCAGAAAGGCAUCCCUCCAUGGGUUCCUCUUAAGGGACAAGAGAAGAAAACCUACAAGCAACUGCAACAAGAGGCUUUAGAGAGCAAGAGACGAGAUCUAGCAGUAUUAGCAGCUAAUGACGGUGUUUGGCCAGGAGUUAGAACUCCUAGCCAUGCGCUUUUUCUCUGGGCAAGUGGAACUGAGCUGACAACUUUGUUGGAGGCAGACCACAUGCCAAACAAGUACAUCCCUAGGGAUCUAAGGUACAAGUUAGCUAAAAUUCUACCCGGGUUAAGACCAUGGGAGGUUCUAAGCGUGGAGCAAGCAAUGGAUCACAUAACAUAUAGUGGGAAAUGGCAUCGUGAACGUCUUGGGUCGUACACGACUGGGCCUCCAUACAUCAGCCAUUGGAAUGAUGAUGUGAAGAGACUGCUUAGGUUAUUCUCCAACCUCAGCGCUAGAGUUUACAGUAGGUUGGAGCGGAAGAUUCCUGGCUUCGAUAAAGUAGUCGAGAAGGCCCAGGCUGAUGCUGCUGCCAGAAGAGCUGCGCGGCUGGAGAAGAGGAAGGCAUUGAAGAGGUCCAAAUACGAGCGGCGGCCGGUCAAAGUCAGAAACGAUCAAUAGCUUACUAUUUAUUCUCUUAAAGUUCAGCUACGGUUUGAGAGUAAAUGAUUUUUAUUAUUUUGAAAUUAAUUAGUCUUAGUCAUCACUAAAACUCCAUUAUUCCAAUUAUUUACAUUUACUUC